UUACCUGAAUGAAUUUCAGCUGUGCACCUGCACCAGACUGCAGGGUCAGGGGAGGCUGCUAGCUGGAAGAAGGAGACGUUCUCUUCUCUUUCUGUCUUUCCUUUUCCAGCAGCAGACCCAAAAGUUUUUAGUUUUCUGUACGACAAACAGAGCCUUGGAAAUGACCAUCAGGAUAUCUCGUGCCAAAGUGUUGCGGUUCACCCGCUCCUUGACCCGUAAGAAGCCUUUGGAGCCAGAGGGCGAGGAGUCGAACUUCUGCCGAUGCCUGACCACCUGGGACCUGGUGGGCCUGGGGGUGGGCAGCACGCUCGGCGCCGGGGCGUACGUGCUCUCGGGCGAGGUGGCGCGUGAAGUGGCCGGCCCCAGCAUCAUCAUCUCCUUCCUGAUCGCGGCCUUGGCCUCCGUCUUUGCAGGAUUGUGCUACGCUGAGUUCGGGGCCCGCGUCCCCAAGACGGGCUCGGCUUACCUGUACAGCUACGUGACUGUGGGAGAGGUGUGGGCGUUUGUGACGGGGUGGAAUCUGCUGCUGUCCUACGUCAUCGGAACUUCUAGUGUAGCCAAAGCCUGGACCGGGGCUGUGGAUGAUCUGAUGGACAACGUCAUUGCUGAAACUCUGAGAAUACACACUCCAAUGGACUCACCCGGCUUGGCUCCAUAUCCGGACUUCUUCGCUGCCGGGCUGAUUAUGUUGCUUUCUGGGAUCCUUGCAUUUGGUGCGAAGGAGUCUGCAGUCCUGACUAUGGUUUUUACUGCAGUGAAUGUGACUGUGUUGGUUUUUAUCAUCAUCGCUGGUUUUAUAAAAGGAGACCUCAACAACUGGCGCAUCAGCGAGGAGACGAUUCUCAAUGCAGCUCUGCAAAUGGAAAACUUCACAAUGGCCCAGAAUGAAACUAUUGACUUUGGCGUUGGCGGGUUCUUCCCCUUCGGCUUCGAAGGAACUUUGGCCGGAGCAGCAACUUGUUUCUACGCUUUUGUUGGAUUUGACUGUAUCGCCACAACCGGUGAGGAGGUGCAGAACCCGCAGAAGGCGAUACCUCUGGGGAUCGUGGCGUCUCUGCUCAUCUGCUUCUUGGCCUACUUUGGCGUAUCCGCCUCCCUGACGCUUUUGAUGCCCUACUAUCUGCUCGACGCUCACAGUCCUCUACCUGUUGCCUUUGAGUAUGUCGGCUGGGAUCCAGCUAAAUAUGCUGUGGCUGUGGGAUCCCUGUGUGCACUUUCGACAAGUCUCCUGGGAGUGAUGUUUCCGAUGCCGCGGGUUCUGUUUGCCAUGGCCAGAGAUGGGCUGCUCUUCAAGCCGCUCCGCUACAUGAGCUCCAGGCAAAUACCCGUCCUAGCCACCCUGUCCUCAGGAGCAGUGGCCGCUUUCAUGGUCCUGUUGUUUGACCUAAAGGCGCUGGUAGACAUGAGUUCUAUUGGGACCAUCUUCGCAUACACUCUUGUUGCAGUGUGCAUUCUAAUAUUAAGGUACAAAGAAGACAGUGGUUUUAACCACAGAGCCGAACCGUUCUCUUUUAAGGGGCUGCUGAGGCCCCCGUUCCGACCCACCCACCGCACCUCGAAAAAUGUCGUCAUAGUCACCGUGUUUAUCUUGUUUCUCGUGAUGAUUUUAAGCGUUAUGCUGGCCGAGGCCACGUACUCCCUCCACCGGAGAGACCUGUGGAGCCUGCUGCUCGUUAUCUUCCUCAUAUUGAUACUGGCCCUCGCUGUCUUCAUUAUCUGGAGACAGCCACAGAGCAUGGCCAAAGCUGCUUUCAUGGUUCCCUGGGUGCCCGUACUCCCAGUUUUAAGUAUCUUCAUCAACACCUACCUCAUGGUUCAGCUGGAGGCAGAAACCUGGAUCAGCUACGCUGUUUGGAUGGCGAUCGGCCUGAUCAUAUACUUCAGCUACGGGGUUCGUCACAGCGUUCAAAAGCAACGACUCCGAGAGGCUCGAACCCCGAUAAAUGUUGCCAAUAUAAACUUAAAUGUUGCUGAUUCUGCUGCUUGAUUAAUGACGAGCAUGUGUGAAGAAUAUGUUUAAGAUGAUGAGAUGAUCAAGGAAUCACCUUGAAGUCCUUUUUUUUAAAAAAUAUUUUAGAGUUGGACUGAACUUAUAUUCGUCUGAGGUCUCCUUGAUGCAUGUUUUUAUUACGGUUACCUGUAAAUGUGUAUAACUGCUGUCAUGCUACAUAAGUUAUAAACAUCCUGUGUGUCUAUUUAUUGCCUAUUGUGUCUUGAUCAGUCAUUCAAGCUUCUGUAAUCUCGUAAUAUUGUCGUCUAAUGUCAGUAUCUGACAGUGACAAUGCCUUAAAUGAGAAUAAAUAUUAAUAAAUUUGAAUUAAUAAAUGAA